CAGUUUGGAAGCGAAGUGAAUAGAGAGCGAGAGCCAGAGGCAUCUAUGGCCGGUGCGAGCGCCGAUUCUGCUGCCCCCAAGUCGGGCGACCUCCGCCGCCUGAAUGUCAACGUGGGCGUCCUGGGCCACAUCGACAGCGGCAAGACCGCCUUGGCCCGGGCUCUCAGUACCAUCGGCUCCACGGCCGCUUUCGACAGGGCGCCGCAGAGCCGAGCUCGGGGCAUCACCCUGGACCUGGGCUUUUCUUGCCUCUGCACCGAGCUGCCUCCGCACCUGGGGCCCGAGCCAGGGCUGCUCCAGUUGACCCUGGUGGACUGCCCGGGACACGCCUCCCUUAUCCGUACCAUUAUCGGAGGUGCUCAGAUUAUUGACUUGAUGAUGCUUGUGAUAGAUAUAACAAAAGGAAUGCAAACUCAGUCAGCAGAGUGCUUGGUGAUUGGACAGAUUGCAUGCCAAAAGAUGGUAGUAGUUUUGAACAAAAUUGACCUUCUUCCCGAGGGGAAGAGACAAGCUGCCAUUGACAAGAUGGUGAAGAAAAUGCAUAAGACCCUGGAAAACACUAAGUUCCAUGGAUGUCCUAUAGUUUCUGUUGCAGCAAAGCCUGGUGGUCCAGAAGCCCCAGAAACUCUAACUCCAAUAGGAGUUUCGGAAUUAAUUGAAGUCCUAAAGUCAGAGGCUUAUAUACCAACAAGAGAUCCUUCAGGAUCAUUCCUUAUGGCCAUUGACCACUGUUUUUCCAUCAAGGGCCAAGGCACUGUGAUGACAGGAACUAUUCUUUCAGGCUCAGUUAAUAUUGGGGACAAUGUGGAAAUUCCUGCCUUGAAGGUGACAAAGAAAGUAAAGUCGAUGCAGAUGUUUCAUACACCAGUAACUUAUGCCAUGCAAGGGGAUAGGGUUGGAAUUUGUGUAACCCAGUUUGAUCCAAAGCUGUUGGAACGAGGUCUCAUUUGUACACCUGAAUCUCUCCAGACGAUCCAUGCGGCCAUUAUCUCUUUAAAGAAAAUCCCAUAUUUUCGAGGGACUCUUCAAACCAAGGUGAAGUUUCAUAUUACAGUUGGCCAUGAGACUGUUAUGGGAAGAGUGAUGUUCUUUAGCCCAACUCCUGAUGACUUCGGUAAAGAGCCUCUGGAAAAUUAUUUUGAUUUUGAAAAGGAAUACCUUUAUCAGGAGGAAUAUCUUUCCAAUGAUUCAAAGUCCUCAGAAGAAAACAAGGCAAAUGGCCAAGUUGAAGAAAGACAGCUCCCAAAACAACAGUGGGCCUUACUUGAAUUUGAAAAACCAGUUACUUGUCCUAAAUUUUGUCUUGUAAUUGGCUCAAAAUUGGACACUGAUAUUCAUGCAAAUACUUGCAGAUUGGCAUUUCAUGGGAUACUUCUCCAUGGAAUGGAAGAGAAGAAUUAUACAGAGGAAUGUCUGCCAAAUCUCAAAGUUUACAAGAUGAAACAUAAGGAAGGACAAGUAGAACGGUUGAGUGAUGAUUAUAGCGUGAUUGGUCGUUCGUUAUUUAAAAAAGAAACAAACAUCCAAAUGUUUGUGGGGUUGAAGGUCAAGCUGUCUACAGGAGAAGAAGGUGUAAUAGAAGGCGGCUUUGGACAAAGUGGAAAAUUUAAAGUCCGUAUUUUGCAUGGGGUGAAGCCAGAAACAAAAGCACUUCUGACUGCCAUUUCUAAGAAGAAGACCAAGGCAGGGAAGGGAGAUUCAGCAAAAGAGGAUGAAAGUAAUAAGGUGGACUCUGCCCAUCCUAUUCAUAUCACUCUUCUUUUUAAAAGAUAUGUCUUUGAUUCACAGAAGAAAAUGAUUCAGUCUUGAGCCAUGCUUGAAGUCUUAAAGACUGAACACCAAAAUGACUUGAUGGCGGGUUCCAUACACUGUUCACAUUGGUCUUCUCUGGUUCUCUCCCUCUCCCACUUUCUCCUCCCCUCCUUGUCAUGCUUUCCAGUUCCAGCCUGCUGUGAUAUAGGUACAGAUACAUGAUACUUUUUUUGCAGAUAGUAGAAAUGUUUUCAUAUACAAUGUAAACUUUUUCGUAUUUUUGAUAAUCAGAUAUUAUUAUUGAUUAAAGGAAAACUUGAUGAAAAGUGAAAUGCAAAUAUAUCUGAAAUUAAAUUGUUUACAUUCUUAUAUGUUCAAGAAUACAAAUAGACUAGUUAUAGGGCAGGGAUUAUUUUGUGAGUAAGGUUUGUAUUUUGAGUAUUAAAACAUCUUCAGGGAUAUACGUAAUUUCAUGGCAUAUCAUUAAUUUUGCUGUUUCAUGGUUCAUAAUGGCUUUCAUAUAAAUUUUUGCUUGUACACCUAUCUAAAUGUGAAAUGAAUCUUUUUUUUUCCUCUGUCCCAUUUCAGAAAAAUUCAGAAAACAAUAAAAUCUGCCUGCUCAUUUCCCUGAAUAAAAUAAAUACUAUACAA